AGUGAUCAAGACUGAAAGGGUUUACUUUCUAUCGCAAAGGCUGUGUUUGAACACAAACGCGGAAGCCUCGCUCUUCGUUCUACCCGAGGUUUACUUCUGCGCACUUAUUUUCCUUAUGAGGAAAACGCAAGUAGCCUAAUUCCCACUUCAGGAUGUUAAAUACACUAACUUGGCAGAAAUCUAGUUAACAGGUUUAGCCCGGGAAACAGCAAGCGAGGAACUCGUUCAGGGAAACUUUUCGGUUCUGCGACGCAUGCGCUCCGCCUCCAGGGAAAUACGGCUGCGCGAAUUGGCGGCCCGGCCCCCUUGGUCACGUGUUGGGAGACAGCGGCGUGGCGGCGGCAGUGGCGGUAACGACGGCAGGCCGUAGGGCGGUCAGAAGGUUUCCGGUUCCGGUGUAACGUUCGGGCUCCGUCUCAGGGGCUGAAGUUUGUGAGGUGUAGUAUUGAGUCCUGUUUGAGCUAUUGUACUCUUUUUCCUCAAAAAUGGCAUUGUCUAAGAGGGAGCUGGAUGAGCUGAAACCAUGGAUAGAGAAGACAGUGAAGAGGGUGCUGGGUUUCUCAGAGCCUACAGUGGUCACAGCAGCAUUGAACUGUGUGGGGAAGGGCAUGGACAAGAAAAAGGCGGCUGAUCAUCUGAAACCUUUUCUUGAUGAUUCUACUCUGCGAUUUGUGGACAAACUGUUUGAGGCUGUGGAGGAAGGCCGAAGCUCUAGGCAUUCCAAGUCUAGCAGUGACAGGAGCAGAAAACGAGAGCUAAAGGAGGUGUUUGGUGAUGACUCUGAGAUCUCUAAGGAAUCAUCAGGAGUAAAGAAGCGACGAAUACCCCGUUUUGAGGAGGUGGAAGAAGAGCCAGAAGUGAUUCCUGGACCUCCAUCAGAGAGCCCUGGCAUGCUGACUAAGCUCCAGAUCAAACAGAUGAUGGAGGCAGCAACACGACAAAUUGAGGAGAGGAAAAAGCAGCUGAGCUUCAUUAGCCCCCCUACACCUCAGCCAAAGACUCCUUCUUCCUCCCAACCAGAGCGACUUCCAAUUGGCAACACUAUUCAACCCUCCCAGGCUGCCACUUUCAUGAAUGAUGCCAUUGAGAAGGCAAGGAAAGCAGCUGAACUACAAGCUCGAAUCCAAGCCCAGCUGGCACUGAAGCCAGGACUCAUUGGCAAUGCCAACAUGGUGGGCCUGGCUAAUCUCCAUGCCAUGGGCAUUGCUCCCCCGAAGGUGGAGUUAAAAGACCAAACUAAACCCACACCACUGAUCCUAGAUGAGCAAGGGCGCACUGUAGAUGCAACAGGCAAGGAGAUUGAGCUGACACACCGCAUGCCUACUCUGAAGGCCAAUAUUCGUGCUGUGAAGAGGGAACAAUUCAAGCAACAGCUAAAGGAAAAGCCAUCAGAAGACAUGGAGUCCAAUACCUUUUUUGACCCCCGAGUCUCCAUUGCCCCUUCCCAGCGCCAGAGACGCACUUUUAAAUUCCAUGACAAGGGCAAAUUUGAGAAGAUUGCUCAGCGAUUACGGACAAAGGCUCAACUGGAGAAGCUACAGGCAGAGAUUUCACAAGCAGCUCGAAAAACAGGCAUACAUACUUCGACUAGGCUUGCCCUCAUUGCUCCUAAGAAGGAGCUAAAGGAAGGAGAUAUCCCUGAAAUUGAGUGGUGGGACUCUUACAUAAUCCCCAAUGGCUUUGAUCUUACAGAGGAAAAUCCCAAGAGAGAAGAUUAUUUUGGAAUCACAAAUCUUGUUGAACAUCCAGCCCAACUCAAUCCUCCAGUUGACAAUGAUACACCAGUUACGCUGGGAGUAUAUCUUACCAAGAAGGAACAGAAAAAACUUCGGAGACAAACAAGGAGGGAAGCACAGAAAGAACUACAAGAAAAAGUCAGGCUGGGCCUAAUGCCUCCUCCAGAACCCAAAGUGAGAAUUUCUAAUUUGAUGCGAGUAUUAGGAACAGAAGCUGUUCAAGACCCCACGAAGGUAGAAGCCCAUGUCCGAGCUCAGAUGGCAAAAAGGCAGAAAGCGCAUGAAGAGGCCAACGCUGCCCGAAAGCUCACGGCAGAACAGAGAAAGGUCAAGAAAAUUAAAAAGCUUAAAGAAGACAUUUCACAGGGGGUACACAUAUCUGUAUAUAGAGUGCGAAAUUUGAGCAACCCAGCCAAGAAGUUCAAGAUUGAGGCCAAUGCUGGGCAACUGUACCUGACAGGGGUGGUGGUACUGCACAAGGAUGUCAACGUGGUAGUAGUGGAAGGGGGCCCCAAGGCCCAGAAGAAAUUUAAGCGUCUUAUGCUGCAUCGGAUAAAGUGGGAUGAACAGACAUCUAACACGAAGGGAGAUGAUGAUGAGGAAUCUGAUGAGGAAGCUGUGAAGAAAACCAACAAAUGUGUACUAGUCUGGGAGGGUACAGCCAAAGACCGGAGUUUUGGAGAGAUGAAGUUUAAACAGUGUCCUACAGAGAACAUGGCUCGUGAGCAUUUCAAAAAGCAUGGGGCUGAACACUACUGGGACCUUGCGCUGAGUGAAUCUGUGUUAGAGUCCACUGACUGAGACUACUGCGAGCCCUUGCCUCCCCACCUUGCCUUUGUCUCUUCAGUCCUCUCACUUAUUCUGUUACCCAACCUACUCCCACUUGUUUGUGUGAUCUCAGAACUGUGCCAAGCAGAUAUUGGGACAAAGGGAGAAUAUCUUGCUCCCUUCCCCAGUCAGCCUGGUGUUGCCCUUUAUUCCCCAUAUGUGCAUAUGAUUAAAGAGUUAUUUUUAAA